GCCCCGUCAUAUCUUUGAUGAGCCGCUAAAUGCAAGCCAUGUUUUCGUCCGUAUCGGUAUUGCUGCCGCCGCUUGUGCCUCGCAGACUCCUUCGCGACACAAGAACGCAGACAAUCGCCCAGACCCGCGCCCGACGUCCCACGAAGGAAAGGUAGCGCGUCGUGCGGUGCGAGUUCACCGACCCCGAAGCAGCGCGUUCAGGUCCAGCGCUGUGCUCAUGCAUGCCAGCUUCCCCUCUGCCGCUAAAUGUCCGUAACACAGUAGAAAACCUCCGAACGCCUUCAGCAUGGCUUCUCGGGGAAAGCGCCUGUCUCACUCCUCGCGAUCGGCGUCGCCAGAUCCCUUCUCUGACCAGUACGACCCUUUCGACCCGCCAUUGGACCCCAUCGAGAUGGCCAGCUUCUCGCGACCAUCGAUGGACGCACAGAGCACUCCAGACCUUCGCAGAGCUCCUUCACCGGACGAGUCGUCCGCCAGACCAUCGCCGUCCAGAUCAUACUUCCCUACAGCGCGCGGCCAUCGGGGAAGCCAGUAUGAGCCGGUACAAGGCGUCGAACGGCGAGCGCCGACGGUGCAAUCGGCGGCGGCGUCCCUAUACUCGUUGAACUCGCUGAAUCGCUACAAGACGAUGGAUGCGGACACGCAGGCACUGGUAGACCGAAGAGCGGGAGAGCUCGCGCAGUGGCAUGUGCACUGGAUAACGCCAGCGGUGAUAGCAGCGCUGUUUGUCGCGGGCUUGAUGGCAGCUGUGGGCCACCACCUGUUCUACGUGCAUCUGGACGGUCAUCCCGCAAAGGACCAGUUGCGAAUGAUCCGCUACGGGACAGCGCUGGCUUUCUUCGUCAAAAGCACUCUGGUUGGCACGGUUAUCAUGUGCUACAGACAGCGGAUAUGGCAUACCUUCCGGAAAAAGGCGAUGACGAUCAAGGGUAUUGAUGGCCUCUUUUCGGCAACUGAGGACCCGUCUCAAUUCUUCUAUAACUGGGAGAUGAUAAGAAACGGAAAGCUGGCGACCUUGAUGGCGGCGUGCAGCUGGCUCAUUCCGAUAGCAUCCGUGCUGUCGCCCGCCUCCUUAACAUCAGAGGUGCAAACCUCGUACAACCAAACAUUUUGCAAGACCGUCGCUGCUCUAAAUUUCACGCACGAGUCGCUUUACAACUUCAGGAACGAAAGUGUAUAUCCCGGGGCGUCACUCGUCUAUUACAACACCACCGACACCGAAGGGAAGGCGCCGAAUUAUUUCGACUAUUACGACCAGCCGUCCAAGAACGCGAGGCGCCUCGCAGUCACCAGCGCGUAUUUGAGAAAGCCGGCCACGAACCCAAACGCGUCUAUCGACUCGUGCGGCGAACGGUGGAACUGCACCUACUCCAUCAACUUCCGGGCCCCGGGGUACAAGUGUGACGAAAUUGCAAGUAGCAGCCAUCCCGAUGCAGGAGAUGCUCCCUUCAAUCUUAGUAUUCUUGCUCCUCAAGGCAGCAUGAUUUACUAUUCGCAGGUGGACUUGGACGACUACAAAAAUCCGCAAAUCGAAACCAAUGACCAUGGUGUACCAAUCCCACCGCCGCCUUACCCGGAAUCCCUGGGUGUGUUCGAGUCGGAGCCCGUUCUCUGGGUAGGCUAUGCGAUCAAGACCGAUAAAGCCUACGAUCAGAAUUCGCCUUACGCUAAAACGUGGGGCAAUGUGCACGAACCCAAAAUCUUCAAAUGUGUCGCGUAUCAUACGAAUUACACCUUCCACAUGAACUAUACCGAUACCGUUCAGACACACCGGCGGACCCAGCGAGACUUUCUCAACCCCGUCGUUGAUACAACCAUCACCACAAAUCCGUCCAACAACAGCGAGUUUGUGGCCGAGCCUGAUUCAAACUUCGUAAGACCACAAGAUGCUGAGCCAUACAAGCUCACCGCAAGCUACCAUGCCAUGGGCUCUUUGCUUCGCAAUUUCCUCCGCGGUCAGAUCAGCUAUAAUGCUCCGUACUUUGUGACGAAGAGCGAUAUCUCGGAGACGCGACUCAUGGAGGCGAGGACCUCAUAUCCCCUGGAAGAUCUAAUGGAGCAGGUGCAGGACCUAUACGAAGAUAUGCUCAUCACCCUUCUCAGCGAGCCGCACUUGGUCGUAGCCGACACCCAAAAAGUUCCCUGCCAGAAAUCUCGGACGGUCAACGUCUUCGUGUAUCACAGAGAAGGCCUCUGGAUCGGGUAUGCCAUUGCCGUCGCAUGCACAUUCGGCUUCAUCUUGGUGGGGGCCUGGGCCAUCCAUCAAAACGGUGUAGCGUCCGAUACCUUGUUCUCCCGCAUCUUGGUCACUACCAGGAACCCGACGCUUGAUCGGUUGAGCGUCGGCGCUUGUCUCGGAGGCGAUCCUUUCCCGAAGGAGCUCAGGGAAACCAAGCUGAGAUUUGGCGUUUUGCUCGAAGAAGAUCCAAGAGAGGGCCCGCUUGGGAAGGUGGAGCAUUGCUGUUUCGGUGCCGCGGGCGAGACGAAGGACAUUGUGAAAUAUGGUACAUAUGCUGGGUUGAAGGGGUGGAGAAAAGACAUCGAGGAAGAGGUUGGCGAUGCCAGCGAGAAAGAACCAUUGCUCGAACUAGUCAAGGAGACGUAGAACCUACACCGGAUCAGCGCUCUGUAUAUCACCGACCGGCAUGAACAGCAAUAACGACGCAACGACACUAAAAUAAUGACGGCUAAUGGACGCAUCUUGGAGGUUGAACGGAGUAUCUUCGCGGCGCCUUUGCAUGCGAUUAUUGGCACCUAAUAUCGCGGAGAGAUAAGGAAUGCUACCUAGUGUAUAAUCGCAUCGAUCUUGAUCUCAGCUACUUGGUUUUUCGGUUGCAAGAUACCCGUUCCGUAGCUUCUCUUUUGCGAAAUUCAAUUUCAGAUA